CACCGCGAUUCAGCUCGCAUACGCGUCUCGAUUAACAAAAGAAGGCAACUCCUUCGACAGACGACAGUUUUGUUAGCAGACGCGUGCCGCUUUGGAGCAACUAACUUGUACAUAGCCGCUGUAGGCCUCGUGAAGCCGCUGUAGCCUUCCGACAAAACUUGGUGCUUGUGAGGCGCACCAGAAGGCUGUUUUGAAAGGCAACCAUUCCGCUACUAGCGACGUCUCCUUCAGGACGAAAUCUUGAAUGAAUCUUAUGAUCUCAAGUAGUAUCAAAUGCAAAGACAGAAUAUCCUACAUCGAUAGUAUAAGACGCCUACCAUGACGGACACACGCGAUUAUUAUGCGGAUCUGGAGCUACCGCCUAACGCAGACGAACAAGAAAUUAAAAAGCAGUUUCGAAAACUAGCUCUGAAAUACCACCCAGACAGAAACCCUGGCCGCGAAGCCGAAGUCAACUCAAAGUUUCAAGUCAUUCAGACCGCCCACGAAGUCCUUAGCGACUCCGAAAGUAAAGCCAAGUACGAUGCCAGCCGUAAUCGCGCCGGCAGCAGGUAUCCCACAUCCUCAGGUGUAAGGGGAAAUCCUUGGGCGAAUGCGGCCUCCAACUUUCCCCCACCUCCGCGUCGAAAUGCGAACCCUAGUGCUUCUUCCGCGAGGGCAUCAGCAUCAGCAUCGGGCGGUGCGCAACGCUGGCAGACACGAUUUGCACAAGGAGUCCCCCCAACGGCCAAACAAUACAACUCUGCUGAUCCCAAGACGAAAGAAAAUGCUGCCAAAGCAUUUGAUCACAUGCGCAAAGCCCAGGCGCAGACUGCAAAGAAGACCAGCCGCCCAACGGAACCCCCACCACCUCCACCACGAUCUGCCACGGCAAGACAAAGAAAGGAGGCUGCAUUUGGAACGAAAAAGACAACUGCACAAAGACCACCGUCAAGAGAUGACCACGCAGCUCACCCUUACCCAGCUGAUCGUCCUGUGCCGGAUCCUCUGAGCCAGUUUCGCGAAACCAAGACGCCUGCUGAUGGUAGGCAGAGUGCUCCGUACACACGCCAUGGAGGUGAAAAGACAGACCCAUUCGAUGGAAGACCAAUGAAUCGUACCAGAAGCUCUAGAAAAGCUGAAAAGUCCGAAGAUGGCACACAAUCUGCAGCCAAGGGCACAGAAACUCAGACAAACGCGAACCCGCCAAGCGAAGAACAAAUUAAAGACCAAGCUACAACAGAUGGCCCCUCUAUGUAUGAAGACUCCCCACAAAGAAACGAAAACGAUGACCGUUACGGCACUAGUCACUGGAAAAACAAAACACCUGGUGGCCCAUUCAUCCGCUAUAACAACUUGCCGCUCAUAUAUAACCCGAAUGAAUCAUCAGCAUCUAGUGGAUGCCACCCUGGACAGCCGAAAGCCAGUCGCUUUGAACAACAACAGCAUGAUGUGAUAGCGUUGCUAAUCAACAACAUGGCUGCUAGUAGUUCACCUGCUGCUCCAUCCCAGCCACCACACAGUACUGUUUAUGAACCAACUGCUAACGGUGAAUCUUAUCACAGCUUUAAUUUCGAUGUCAACGAUGACACCUUUGUCCGAACUUCACCGCACCAAGCCAAUUUUGCGAAGAACAGCGUUGAUGACAUCAAUACCCAGUUCAGCCAGGACAAUGGUCCCGAAACAUGGAGAUUCAGUGCCGGAACCCCUACCCAGGAUGGAACUGGCUCUCAGGCGUCUCCAAAACGUCAGCAAGGACCUGGCGCUGACCAGGGCGCAGCUGAUUCAGACAACCCCGAAGGCUUUAAUGCCACUGGUUGGGCUGAAAAGUUUGGACCACAGACCUUUGCACCACCUCAAAACCCUGCCAACAAUGCAUCACCCACAAGAACCAGCCGGGCAAACUCUAAGAAGUCGAAGCCAGGCAAGCCCAUCCCCGGAAAUGCGACUGUUAUCGACAUUAGCAGUGAUGAGGAUACUUAUGAGUGGAACGGGAGGAAACCUGCGAAAGACGGACUUGUCAGCAGCCCACAAGCGAUGGAGAUUGACUCGCCGCCAUCUCGGCCGCCUGGCAUGCCUUCUCGAACCAACUCAGCAAGGAAUAUAAAUGUUGAGCCAUCCCGACCAGAGUGGCGAUCAGGAGACUUUGAAAAUAAACCUCCGCUACCCGAGCGACCUAGAUCGCCAAUCAAGCCUACUGUGGGUGGCUCUGAGGAUAGUGAAGAGUUUAGAACCACUUUGGGUGAUUUUAAAAACGUUCCGCCUUUUACUCAACCAAACGCUGGGCUCAAAUCGUUUAUUGAUUUGAAAGAUAAUUUGCCCUUUGAGAGUAGGUCGUCUGCGGAGUCGCCAGCGAAGCUUCCCAAAGCACAGCCGCUAGUCUUUCCACAGCCCCCAGUUGCUCCAAGACUGCCUCCUACGGUGGCAGUCGAUUCGAUAAAGCCAACCGUUGCUGCUUGGAAUCAGUACUUGGCAGAAUUCAAAACGUAUCUUGCAGAGUGGGAGGCAUUCAACUCCAAGGUGGUAGAUCACUUUUCAGCCAGAAACUCACGUACUGCUACUCUUCGAGCUGCUAAAGGCUACGAAUUUCUUGGUUCGCGACGGGACGACGAGAUUCAGGAGUACUACAAUUGGAUUGAACAGGACAAUGAUGUAAGGAGGCGCUGGAAUGCAGCUUGUGAUGGUCAUGAGAUGCAUGUCCGUGAACUUAUGGCGUUUAGAGAGAAGAUGAAAUGAUGAUAGCGGCGAGAGCCAUGAAAGGGAGCAGCAUAUGAUGAGUCGAGGAGCGGAGAAAUGACUGGGUAUUGACGCAGGCCGCCGGUCAAACGCAUUGGAGAUGUUACAGUUAUCAUAUACCCUUCGUUGAUGGUGCAUUCGAUAAGAAGCGUGGCGUUUAUCAAUUAUGCUAGCAUUAAAUUUCAAAAAGUCUGGUCUUGAAGC